AAGCUUUUUAACCCUUUGUGAACUUGUCUAGAUUAAAAAUAAAUGAGGAUGAGACUCAAACUUCGAACUUGUGUUUUGUCCUGUAUAGUGUGGCUAGCUUUGUGUUUUAUGCUGAUUAUGUAUUCCUUUUGGCCUGGAGAAGAGAAAGUGUACAAUCAUCAGGACAAGUUAUCAUCAGAUGAUCUUAUUCCAGGGAAGCCCAACAUUGCUGGUUUUAAUGUAACUGCAUAUAUACUGAGCAGUCCUAAGGACAGUAAUGAUGCUUACAAGAAGAAUGCUUUCAAUCAAGAAGCUAGUGAUAAGACAUCCAUUGAUAGAAAAGUUCCAGACACACGUCAUUCUUGGUGUUAUAAUCAAGUAUAUCAUCCUACACUUCCUAGUACAUCUGUCAUUAUUACAUUUCACAAUGAAGCAAGAUCAACUCUCCUCAGAACCAUUGUUAGUGUUUUAAAUCGGAGCCCACCACAUUUGAUUGAAGAGAUAAUCCUUGUUGAUGAUUUUAGUGAAGAUGUUAACACUGGACUACUUCUUACACAAAUGCCAAAGAUCAAGCUUAUUAGAAAUGAAAGAAGAGAAGGAUUAGUUAGAUCAAGAAUAUUUGGUGCUGAUGCUGCUAAAGGAGAAAUAUUAACAUUCUUAGAUAGUCAUUGUGAGUGUAACAUUGGCUGGUUAGAGCCUUUGCUUCACAGAGUCAGUCAGGAUAGGACGAUAGUGGUUAGUCCUAUUAUUGAUGUCAUCAGUAUGGAUACAUUUGAUUACAUAGGUGCUUCAUCUGAACUAAGAGGAGGUUUUGAUUGGAGCCUCCAUUUUAAAUGGGAUGGAUUCACUCCUGCACAAAGAGCAAAAAGAAAGUCCCCAAUUGAACCAAUAAAGACUCCAAUGAUUGCUGGUGGGCUGUUCUCUAUUAACAGACAAAGGUUUAUUGAAACUGGUAAAUAUGAUGAUCAGAUGGAUAUCUGGGGAGGAGAAAACUUUGAAAUAUCAUUUCGAACGUGGAUGUGUGGUGGAUCACUAGAGAUCAUCCCUUGUUCUAGAGUUGGUCAUGUAUUUAGGAAAAGACAUCCAUAUGUAUUUCCAGGAGGCAAUGCAAUGACUUAUAUGAAAAAUACAAAACGUGCUGCUGAAGUGUGGAUGGACAAUUACAAAGAUUAUUAUUAUUCUGCAAGACCAUCAGCAAAGGGAAGAGACAUGGGCAGCAUUAAGAGUCGUGUGGCAUUAAGGAAACGAUUGAAUUGCACCACUUUUGAUUGGUACAUGAAGAAUGUUUAUCCAGAGCUAAGUGUUCCUUCUUCUACUAAUAACAAACAUGGAAAGUUAAAGCAAAAUAAUCUUUGUUUGGAUACACUUGGACAUCAAGCUGGUGAACCUGUUGGACUACAAGAUUGUCAACAAAGUAGACAAGGAUAUCAGGACUGGAGUAUUGCUAUGAAAGGUCUUAUUCGCCAUUUAAACUUAUGCUUAGAAGCAAGAGGACAGAUUGUUCACCUCCAGUAUUGCUCUAAGGAUCACAUUCAAAACUGGGAGCACACUAAGAACAAUCAUAUUGUACACCUUAGCACUAAACUGUGUCUCAGCAGCAGACACUCAUUAAAUGAACUGACUUUAGAAACUUGUGAUGAUAAAAGUAAUAAUCAGCAAUGGUUUAUAGUAUCAUGAUUUUCUCCUUUUGUUAUUAUUUUAAUUAAAAGCUGUUAUUUUAAGAAGUAUAAAAAUGUA